AUUACAGGAGUAGACCCCUUUUGUUACAUAACCAUUGCAUCAGCGUGUAUGGCGGUUUACAGAUCCCGACACAUAAUACCUAAUACCAUCGCAAUGAUACCUGUAGGAGGUUAUAUCAAUCGCACGAAUCAUAGUCCUGACUGUAUUCGUUGGCUUGAUUUUAUUGCCCAAAAAGAGAGCAUUGAAAUCGAACACGCUUUGAACGGAAAAGGAGAAAGACGAUUGGAUGGUAUAUCUGUAGACGGAUAUUGCAAAGAAACAAAUACUGUUUAUCAAUACUACGGAUGUUUCUUUCACGGUUGCUCCACCUGUUUUGACGGAGAUGCACUCCACCCCAUAACAAAAUUACCCAUGUCGACAUUGCGACAACAAACGGUAGACAAGACUUACCAGCUACGUGAUCGAGGGUAUAAUGUAAUUGAAAUGUGGGAGCAUGAGUUUGAGAUGAAAAAGAAAACAGAUGAAAAAGUAAAAUAUUUUCUUCUAAGUCACGAGCUUCAGGAUCGAUUGAAUCCUAAAGAUGCUUUCUUCGGCGGGCGGACAAAUGCCAUUCAGCUGUAUUAUGAGGGUGAUGCAAAGUAUGUGGAUUUCACUUCACUGUAUCCAUGGGUCAAUAAAUACUGUUUGUACCCCGUCGGACACCCUAAUAUUAUUACUGAAAAUUUUGAUGCCUUGGAAAACUAUUUCGGUAUUAUAAAGUGCCGAAUACUGCCUCCUCGAGGUUUAUACCUCCCCGUAUUGCCGUACAGAGCACAAAAUAAACUGAUGUUUCCCCUCUGCAAGACUUGUGCUGAAUUAAUGUAUCAAGGCAUUUGCCAGCACUCAGAUGAUGAGAGAGCCAUCAUUGGCACAUGGAUCAAAGACUUAUAUUUUCCGACUCCUGAAGUAGCUGCUGUGCAAUGGGACUAUAAACAUUAUUUUGUUCCACAGGACACAUCCACAAAUGUGUUCUUGGCAGCUUUUACUACUGCAUGGGCACGGUUAAAGCUUUACAGUGAAAUGGAGAAGUUGGGCCGUGCUGUGUUGUAUCAUGACACGGAUUCAAUUAUAUACGCAAGCGAUUUUACCAACGAUCCGCCUCUUGGUAAUUUUUUGGGGGAUUUUACAGAUGAACUCAAUGGAGAUACUAUUACUACAUUUGUCUCUGGAGGCCCUAAAAAUUACGCUUAUGUAACAGCCCGAGGAAUGACUUGCUGUAAAGUUCGAGGUUUCUCCCUCAACUUCAAAAAUCAACAGAUUUUAAAUUUUUUGGAGAUUAAGAAUUUAGUGUGCUCGAUGGAUCGAAAAACAACAAUCGCCAUGUACGAUGAACAUAAAAUCAUGAGAGAUGCCAAAAAGAGGAAAGUUUUAACUAAGGCAGAAACAAAACUGUACAAAAUUGUUUACAACAAAAGGGUCCUAAAAGAAGAUCUAACUACUGUUCCCUAUGGAUUUUAA